AUGCCAGACACCUACAUCCAGGAGCGGCUCGACUCGCUCUUGGAGAUCGACGCCAAGAUCGUCGACAUGCUAGGGAAGUUCUCCACCCUAUUUUCCCACUAUACCGCCAACGAUCGCGACGCCCUCGUCAGCGACACCGAGGAGAUCUACUCCCUUCUCGGCACCAUUGCCAUCGAUUUGCGCAAGGAAGUGAAGGCGAUGGACGACAACAUCGGGGUCUACGAUAAUCGGGACCACGUGAUGAUUCUCCCCAUCCCCGUUGACCAAAAGAAUACCGUGUUGGGCGCCGAUAAGCUCCAGGCCCAACUCCAAGAGCUCGACAAGUUGGAGCCCCAAGCGCUGCGGGUUAAAGUGGAACCACCGUCAACCAGAGCUGGCGAUGACGUGGCAGCAGUGGAGGUUAAACAAGAACUGACGCUCGAGGUGAAACCCGAGCCCGAGGGUGACGUUAUGGUUAUUGACUAG